AUGGCGAACCUCGUGGCGGGGGGCGUCAAGUCUCUGGGAGAGAUGAUCGCGGGGGACGAGUCCGCCACCGAGCAGGUCGCGCAGGCCUGGGGCUGCAUGGACACUCUGAACCCGUACAGUCGGCUCGAGAAGCCCACGCGCUUCGAAUCAGACCCGCCUGGUUGCUAUCGUCUCCGAGACAUGCCACUGAGAGACAUCGACAACGUGGUAAAAGUGAAGCACGUCGUGGAUUGGAUCAAGAUUGGAACGGAGUGCCAGGAGCUUCCCGACACAAGUGCUGUGGACAUGGUCGACAUCAUGCGCCGCGGCGACUACGCGUCCUUGCCGUCUCCGUUCAAGCCGAAGAAGGACACGGGAGAGCUGGCGUUCACAAUGCAGAUCUACGUUCUGCCCACCGACCCUGAUGGGGCGCAGUCUGUGCUGAAGUAUAUCAAGUUCGACGACCGUAUUCGCGUGGACUUGGUGAAAGAUGUGUUCAUCGUGGGCACGCCGCUGACGAUCCACUGGGGCCGCACUUCUGACACGAAGAAGGUUCGCAAGUUGUUCCACUUCAUGAUGGACCGCCUUGGGGGCGCGCAGUACCGAUACUUCGUGCAGCCGUCCGUGAAGAAGGCAGCUGAAGCGGGCACUUACGACAGGAUUGCUCGAACGGCUGGUUACGCCUUCAUUCGCGAUCAUGGACCACGGAGCAAUGCCCAGAACCAAUUCGUCGAGUGGACGGAUGAUCAGAUCCACCUCGAGAGCAGUCCGAUCUUCGGGUGGACGCCUGGGGAUGUCAAGGACCAGGCGGCUAAACGGACGCGCGGCGUAGAGCGCGUCCCCUUCGCGCUGGGCGCAGACCUGAUCGAGAGCUUGCGGAACUACGCCAACGGCACCGUGGGCGCGCGGACGUUGAUGUCGUGGUGCCACACUUUGAGGCAGUUCCAUCCGACGAUCCUGAACAACAUCAUUGCCCCCGCACUGCGCACUCACGAUGUGCAUUCGAUCAUGUGGAUCGGGAAGACUCGCGUCGGGAAGUCGUCCGCUUCUAAGACGACCUGCUUCGCCAUCUCGGCUUACCAGAUCGACAAGCACGGCCGCUCUGACCUGAAGCCGAGCGUCGUCACAUCCAAGAGGAUUGAUUUCUUUCGCCUCGAGCCAGGGAGCCUCUUCAAGCCCGCGAUUGCCGACGACGCGGUGAUGUCGAAGUGGGGCACAGACGACGUCAAGGCGUUCCACGACCCGGCCGAAGAGGACGCCUUGCUCUGGGCUCGAUGGGGCGGCGCGCAGUUCAUGAUGAACCAGGCGCGGCAAUCCUGCGUGAACGCCUACGACAAGGAUUUUGAGGCCCGAGACUCUUCAUUUGAAAAAAGGCACGCAGUGUUGCGAUGGCCUCUGGCCUGA